UGGUUUCGCAGGUCCGACUCAAGGAUAAUGAAUCUAGUUUUACACUAUUGCAUCUAUUGCAUAACUUCCUACCCCUCCAUGUGAAUGCACAAAGACCAAAGCUUUCAAAGUGCACGACUAAACUCUGAAAACAGCAAAACACAUCAAACACAAAUGAGAAGAUUGAAUACUGACAAUGGAUCAGCGUAGACCACCGGAAUAUAUUAUUGAGGUGUUUGCUGACCCAAGUUCAGUGAGAGAGGUCAUUAGAGGCAAGCAGCGACUGUGUUUCAUUGACAUCAUCAGCAUCGGCAUAACAUAACAUGCCAUUAUCCAUGCGCCUGCUAACUUGACUCCUAUAUAGGCAUUCUACAUACCAUUUUUUUCCAUCGUUUCUUCCCUUCUAUUAGACCAAAGACCCGCGAUGUCCUCGACAUGACUCUGCCAUACAUGGAGAAUGUUGAAAUUGAAACACUUAUCGAUCAGAGGACCGCUGCUCUGGUGCGGCAAUUGGACACCAACUCAGAUCUCGGCGCGAGAAAUACCGGUGUGAGAGGACAGAUGGCUGUUCAAUUCUUUGAGAAAAAACGAAGGAAGGCUUGGUUUACGAAAGGAGUAUGUUGAGUCUGGAGUACAAUUCCGAUGAUCCGGAUCGUAUUCUUUCUAUCCCAAAUACUUCAAUGCUGACUUGGAUAAAAAGGAGGAAGAGGUAUGCUGGGAACAGUGGACUUUGGAUGUUACGUUAGCGACUCCGCGAACAGAAAGUGGUAAGGUUUUCGAAUGAUCUAUAGUAUGCCUAUGGCUGGCUCACACUGUGCCCUACAGAACGAGCAAAGGUCAGAAGUGCGAUGGAAGCUAUGUUACUGAAAGCGGCAAUGAAGAUCGUGACAACGGUUAACAUGGAGAAAGAUCAUAUUCCGCCUAUUACUACGAACGAAGCAAACCCGUUUCCUUAUCAGAUUACAAUAAACCCAAGAGGGGAUAGCUGGGGAGCCCGCAUGAGUAUAUUUUGAAGCGACAAGAUGAGCAUGGGCAUUGUAAAUAAUGGUUUUGGAGUUUCGGAGCUGGAUAGAGGAUACUUUGGAUACAGA